GCCCCAAGCUGGGGGCGAGCGGGGCGGCCGGCACCCCGUCUGCCUGUUCAUUUCUACCCUGAAGGACAAGCUCGGGACCCGCUAUGAGGUGCGUGAAGCAGGCAGGUCAGGGGUGGCAGCCGGGCGCUCUUGCCCUAAGCUCCCGACUGUUCCCGAGGCUGGACUCCGUCUUAGGGGUUCCUGAGCGCCCGGCCCCCGAACCCCAUGACCACCCGGACCCCGGCGUCUCCCUACGGACCCCGAGGAGGAAAGAUUUUGAGAGUGCACUUCUUAUUUUUCUUGCCCAUUUCUGCGACUUUGUAUUGACAGCCUUGCUGUUUAGUAGUAGAUAGCAGCCCCGCCCCUUUAAAGCCUUGGAAAUUUCGGCCUGCCGGAUUAAACUAUAAACGAAGCAUCGGUCCCGUUUGGGGGAACUGUAAAAUGACUACACUUUGGUUCAGUAGAUUCUGUUUCUCCACAGGCUUUUCGCUAGUUUUGUCUGUUUGUUGGUUUGUUUGUUUUAAGGCUUUGUGGGGUGUUUCUAAGGUCAUUAGGCCAGAUUAGUACAGUAGUAAAGCAGUAAUGCUUGGGUUGCAUCUUGAUAUUUUUAUUAAAGUUAUUGGUUACUGCAUCUCUCUCUCUCUCUCUCUCUCUCUCUUUUUUUUUCUCCUCACAUGUUUGAUUUCCUAAGUCUUGAUUUGUUAGGUCCAAGACUUUUUCGUAUCUACCUAGCAGUAGUAAACCCUCCAGAAGAAGUUGAAAGUUGAAGUAGAAUUUUUUAAAAUAGAAUUUUUAAAGCUCAAGUUUUAUAAAAUCCUUUUACGUUGAUUACCAAGCACGUUAUUUUGUGAAAAUGACUGGAAUACCCUUGUGCUUACUAUAAUAAAAUUGAGGGGACAAUUCAUCACCCACCAUUGCAUCUGACUUUUGACUGGAUUUUAUACAAUUUCUGGGAUUAUUUCCCUUACAGUGUUUUACUCCUCAGUGAAUACUCAUAGUUGAGGAAAGGAGUUAUUGCUGUUUCAUUCAGAGCCACGUAAAUGUUUUGGUUUCUUAUUUAUUUAAUUUAUUUAUGGCGGCAUUGGGUCUUUUGUUGCUGCGCACGGGCUUUCUCUAGUUGCGGCGAGCGGGGGCUACUCCUCGCUGCGGUGCCUGGGCCUCCCAUUGCUGUGGCUUCUCCUGUUGCAGAGCGCGGCCUCUAGGCGCACAGGCUCAGCAGUAGCGGCACACGGGCUAGCCGCUCCGCAGCAUGUGGGAUCUUCCCGGACCAGGGCACGAACCCGUGUCCCCUGCAUUGGCAGGCGGACUCCCAACCACUGCACCACCAGGGAAGUCCCCACGUAAAUGUUUGAUGCCAAUUCCAGCAGUCUAAAGGGUUUCCUUUCAGCUGUGAGACUGGCUCACAGAGGCUGUGAUGUUGAGGCACCACUUUUAACCCUCACACCAGUGAAGACUUCAGAAUUUGAAAAAUUUAAAACUAAAAUGGUUAUCACAUCCAAAAAGGACUAUCCUCUAAGCAAGAACUUCCCCUAUUCUCUGGAACAUCUUCAGACUUCUUAUUGUGGGCUUGUCCGGGUUGAUAUGCGUAUGCUUUCCUUAAAAAACCUUAGAAAAUUAGACUUGAGUCACAACCAUAUAAAAAAGCUUCCAGCUACAAUUGGAGACCUCAUCCACCUUCAAGAACUUAACCUGAAUGAUAAUCAUUUGGAGUCAUUUAGUGUAGCCUUGUGUCAGUCUACACUCCAGAAGUCACUUCGGAGUUUGGAUCUCAGCAAGAACAAAAUUAAGGCACUCCCUGUGCAGUUUUGCCAGCUCCAAGAACUUACAGAUUUAAAACUUGAUGAUAAUGAAUUGAUUCGACUUCCUUUCAAAAUGGGACAACUGACAAACCUGCGUUUUUUGUCAGCGGCUCGAAAUAAGCUUCCGUUUUUGCCUAGUGAAUUUAAAAAUUUAUCCCUUGAGUACGUGGAUCUUUUUGGAAAUAUUUUUGAACAACCAAAAGUCCUUCCAGUUAUAAAGCUGCAAAUGCCAUUAACUUUAUUGGAAUCUUCUGCGCGAACCGUACUAUAUAAUAGGAUUCCUUAUGGCUCUCGUAUCAUUCCUUUCCAUCUUUGCCAAGAUUUGGAUACUGCAAAAACCUGUGUUUGUGGAAGAUUCUGUCUAAGUUGUUUUAUUCAAGGAACUACUACCAUGAACCUACACUCUGUUGCGCACACUGUGGUCUUAGUAGAUGAUAUGGGUGGUACUGAAGCACCUGUUGUCUCUUACUUCUGUUCUCUAGCCUGUUAUGUAAAUUCCUGUGAUAUGUUAAAGUAAUAAGUGAUACCACAAAAAGAAAUUCCAUUUAGUUACAGGCCAGUUUGGGACUCUUAUUGUUUAAAUGUCAAACUGGAGAAAGGGAAGCUUUUCGUGGGUUUUGUAUACUUGCUUGAGGGGAAGAAUGUGUUAGUGUAACAUUUUCAAUCAUUUGGCUGUAAUAUCUUAAUUUCAUUAAAACCUAAUUUUAUUGUGGUGUUAACUUUCAUCAGUUUAUUGCACUUGUGUUAUUUCAGCCUCGUGUUUCCAGAAUGGGUUGUGGGGUUAUUUUUUAAUGUUAAACAGAUACUGAUCCCAACCACUCUGGUCAUAGAAUUUUCUUAACAAUUUUCGUCUUGCGUUUCAGUUAAAGAAAUUGAAUUUCUGGGGACUUCCCUGGUGGUCCAGUGGCUAAGACUCUGUGCUCCCAGUGCAGGGGGCCCAGGUUCAAUCCCGGGUCAGGGAACUAGAUCCCGUAUGCCACAACUAAGACCCAGUGCAGCCAAAUAAAUAAAUAUUAAAAAAAAAAAAUUGAGUUUCUGUAUGCAGAAAAUAUACUUUGGACUAAUAUAGUCUGAACUGUAGUGAGAACUUGUUUGGUAUGAAACUACAUGUAAGUUUUUAAGCACUUUUGUGUUUUUCAGGUAUAUUAUUCUAAAUAUAUAUGGAAUUUUAUAUUCACCAUACAUAAAGUAGGAGUUGCUUUGGACAGACUUAAGCUUUUACAAGUUUUAUAAUAUUAAUUCCAUAAUCUUUGUUGUGAUUUCUAAGUUUUUUAGGGCUGGAAUGAGGUUUUGGGGUUGGGUGGG